GUCACAGCUUCAAGUAUCAUAGAAAAAGCUUGGAGCUUGAACACUACGCAUGCCAAAAGUAGACGGCGGUUCGAUUGAAUGAUGAAGGUCGAGGACGGGCGCUCCGUCGAGCUGGAGAUAAGAGAUACGGAAUUGCCACAGGCCAGCAGAUAUGGGUUGUUCUGUUACCCCGCAGCGGCACACGACCUUUCUCUCUCUCUGCCUGGACCAAUGCUCGGCGUCGACUCUCUAAGUGAUUUUCUGGGCUAUACGUCGAUAGCUUGUUGGUUGGGUGCACAAUUCCCACAGGUGCUGGAGAAUAUUCGCCUUCAGUCAGUAGAUGGCCUCGCUUUGCCUUUCCUCGUCAAUUGGCUUCUAGGCGACCUUUCAAAUCUCGUAGGCUGCCUUCUUACCCACCAGCUACCGUUCCAGACAUAUCUGGCGGUUUACUUCUGCUUUGUUGACCUCACGCUAUUCAGUCAAUAUUUUUACUACGCCUCAGGCAAGCCUUCCGGCUACCUACCCAUUCGAGCUCGAGCAACAUCUAUCACCGCACGUCGGUUGUCUAUCGAGCGUGCUCCUGCUCGAUAUCGCACAUUAUCCAAUGUCGCUGCUCACGUCGCGGUGGCCGCCGCUCGCGCUGCUGAACAGGAGGAACAGAUGCGCUGGCAUAGUACAGCCCUUGAUCGGGAAGAGCCCGAGGUAGGCGACGAUGAGGUGGAUGAGCAAGCACUUGCGCGCCUUGCGGAGAGUUUCCAUUCCGAACACGGACCCUCCAAUCAUCGCAAGACUAUUUCGUGGAGUACAGAGCGCCGCGCUGGAAGCUUAGGCCGAAGUCGAGCUUCAACAAUUUCACCAGCAGGCCCCAGAUUACAUCAUACACUUCACAUGACUUCACCAACCGUAAAUACUGAGGAAGUCGAUUUUUCAAAUCGGGGAAGAUCAGUAUCUCGACCCUCGCUAGACGAAAACGCGGGAAACUGGCCGUCUUCGCAGAGACGUAACUCUCGGGCCAGUCGUAAAGGCGCAGGAAUGGUAUUUUUAGGUGUCUGGGCUUUAUUUGGCGUGGGUACGCUUGCUGGUAGUGGACGUGGGCUGCCUUCCAGCAGUGGUUUGCGACUGGGCAAAGUUUUUGCAGGAGAUGACUAUGCGAUACCCGGUUUCACUAGACCGAUACCCCCCGUCGUGGUGAAACCUCCAUUAGCACACGUUAUGCCUAUCAUUGAGGUCCCAUCAACACCCGUCACACUACUGCAUAAGAACACUCGCAAGACUGAGCCUCCUCCUCCACCCCUACCUGAUGAGCCAGCACUCCCUACGGACUACAUCAUUGGGCGAAUAUCAGCCUGGUUAUGUACGACAUUGUAUCUCACAUCGCGACUGCCCCAGAUUUGGAAGAACUUCGCAAGGAAGUCUGUAGAGGGUCUUUCCAUGUACUUGUUUGUCUUUGCAUUCCUCGGCAAUUUUUUUUAUGUUGCCUCUAUCCUCACUUCACCCAAACUCGACCUUCCUCCACCUGUAUCCGCCGCUUUCAUUCGAGAAAGCAUACCGUACGUAACUCACCUAUUACAUUUUAUUCCCUUCCAGCACCUGAUGUACUACGAUCGAGCAGGUACCUCUUGGGUAGCGGUGGUACCCUCAUGUUCGAUGUCACGAUCGUCACACAAUCGUUCAUCUACCGACCGAAAGCACACGUUCGUGGUCGUCGAAUAUCACGCACCCUGAAUGAAGAGGAAGCUGGCCUGCUCAGUGCUGGUGCGACAGGUGCCGGGGAUCCUUCAACACCUUCGCGAAGGCGGGUACCUACGACCGAUGCUAGUAUAGCGACAGAGUAGUCGUCGUUUCUUAGCUUCGCGCAUGACUUUUUCAUCGAUGUAGAAUAGAUACCUAGCUGUACAUUGGAAUUCGAUGACAUGUAUAGUAUAUCUGAGGCGUUGCGCAAGAUGGGGUGUCAGAGUCAGGGGUAGCCAGAAGACCACUUCAUCUCUGAGCAAGAUGUUACAUCGAGGAUAGGUA